UCGGGGGGGGAUCCACACGGAUUGCUGCCGAUAUUUCCGGUGCCAGCAGCGCCGGUUGCCGAAUUUGGCCUCGCCUGGAGCCCGAACCCAGAUAAGAUCCCAGCGAGACAGGGGAGGGAGGGAGGAACGUGGUCGAUAACGACAAAGCUCCCAACGCGAGUGAUGCCACUCCACCGAGCCUCUCGCUGGGCAGCAGCACCACAGUCUUAACUUAGGAUUCGCCUAUGUAUAUAUAAGGCUGGAUGGGUCCUGGAGGACGCCCUCUAGAGUAUUUUGGGACCGCAGUGGACAGUGUUUCUACGAAAAGGAGCGACUUUUCGAGGCGGACGAGGCCGAGGAGAUGGAUUCCGGAGAUGAGCCAGAGACGCCCGAGCAGCAGGGCAGGAAGAAACGGUGCCACCGGCACACACCGAAACAGAUUCAAGAGCUGGAAGCGAUGUUUAAGGUGUGCCCCCACCCGGAUGAGAAGCAGAGGAUGCAGCUGAGCCGGGAUUUGGGGCUGGAGGCCCGCCAGAUCAAGUUCUGGUUCCAGAACAGGAGGACUCAGAUGAAGUCGCAGCACGAGAGGGCCGGUAACUGCGCGCUCCGCGCCGAGAACGACAAGAUCCGUUGCGAGAACAUCGCGAUGAAGGAGGCGCUCAAGAACGCCAUCUGCCCCUCCUGCGGUGGGCCGCCCACCAAUGAAGACUCCUAUGUCGAUGAGCAGAAGCUUCGGAUGGAGAACGCCCGGUUGAAGGACGAGCUUGAUCGUGUCUCAAGCUUUGCAUCUAAGUAUCUAGGAAGGCCUGUUACCCAACUUCCCUCAGUCCAGCCAAUGGCAAUGUCUUCACUAGAUCUGUCUAUGGGAGGUUACAGUAAUCCAGGGCCUAGCUCUUCCCUUGAUCUUGAUCUCCUCUCUGGAGGUUCAUCUACUGUUAUGCCAUUUCCUUUUUCUGCAGCAGUUUCGGAGAUUGAGAAACCUCUUAUGGUGGAUCUGGCCACCAGGGCAAUGGAAGAAUUGAUCAGGUUAGUACAGACUGAUGAGCCCCUCUGGGUGAAGGUUGGGCAUGAUGGGAGGGAGGUACUUCAUCUGGAAACCUAUGAGAGAAUCUUCCCGAGGCCAGGUCAUCAGUUCAAGUACGCAGAUCUCCAUACUGAGGCCUCAAGGGAUUCCACUGUUGUGAUUAUGAAUUCCAUAGCACUGGUUGAUAUGUUCAUUGAUGCAAGCAAGUGGGCGGAACUAUUUCCUACAAUUGUUUCUAAGACAAAGACCAUUGAAGUACUUUCAACUGGAAUUGCGGGUAGUAAGAAUGGGACAUUGAUAUUGAUGUACGAGGAACUACAGGUUCUUUCGCCAGUCAUCCCUACCCGUGAAUUCUGCUUCCUGCGCUACUGCCAUCAAAUUCAGCAGGGUUUGUGGGCAAUAGUUGAUGUUUCGGUGGACCACCACAGAGAGAAUCAGCUGGCCUCUCGGUCACGAAGGCUUCCUUCUGGCUGCUUGAUUCAGGACAUGCCCAAUGGCUAUUCUAAGAUAACUUGGGUUGAACAUGUGGAAAUCGAUAAGAAAAACCAGACCCAUCAACUUUAUAGGAAUCUAGUAGAUAGUGGAAUGGCAUUUGGAGCACAGCGUUGGCUCUCCACCCUACAGAGGAUGUGUGAGAGGUUUGCAUGCUUAACGGUGGCUGGGAUUUCGAGCAGGGACCUUGGAGGAGUUAUUCCCGGGCCUGACGGAAAAAGGAGCAUGAUGAAGCUUGCCCAGAGAAUGGCGAACAAUUUCUGUGCCAGUAUUACUGCAUCCAACAACCACGGCCACAAAUGGACCAAUCCCUCAGGAUUAACUGAUGUUGGCGUCCGUCUCACUAUUUACAGAAGCUCAGGUCCUGCCAGCCUCCCCACUGGCCUCAUCCUCGGUGCAGCAACCUCUAUAUGGCUACCUGUACCAUCACAGAGGGUUUUUAGUUUCCUCAAAGAUGAAAAAACUCGAGCUGAGUGGGAUGUUCUCUCGAAUGGCAAUUCGGUGCAGGAGGUGGUGCGUAUUACCAAUGGUUCGCAUCCAGGGAACUGCAUUUCUCUACUUCGUGCUCUCAAUCCUGCACAGAGCAACAUGUUGAUACUCCAAGAGAGCUGCAUCGAUGCAUCUGGCUCACUUGUAGUCUAUGCUUCCAUCGAUCUACCGUCCCUCAACGAUGUGAUGAGUGGCGAAGACCCAUCAAAGAUACCACUUCUGCCAUCAGGCUUCGCCGUAUUACCCGAUGGACAACCCAUGGGGGGAGGGGCCUCCACCAGCUCAAAUCCGAUGGGAGUUGCAUCAGGUUCGCUGGUCACAGUUUUAUUUCAACUCCUUGCGAGCAGCUCGCCAUCUGCUAAACUGGAUAUUGAGUCAGUGACAACGGUCACUCAACUUAUAAGUACCACAGUACAGCAAAUGAAGGCUGCCUUGAACUGUCCCGGUAUAUAAUAGUUGGAAAAGAAUGCAUUCCUUUUCACCCCCACCUACCACCGUCCUCCUUAACUGCAGCAUUUCUGAUGGUCUUGGAGGGCUCUUGAAGUUAGGCAUUUAAGAAGGGAUUUAUGUAGCUCUUUUCUUUUAUUUUUUCCCCCUCCUUUCUUUCUAUUGGUUGGCCUUGAAUGCUUCCACCCAAAGCUAGUACUGGGAUUUCAAAUACUGCUGCUGCUGCUGCUGCUGCUGCUGAUGCCAGCUUCAAUACAGCUCAAAAUUUUUACAGGAACCAGUCAGACUUUUGAUCAGUCUUUAAAUAGGGGAGUCAAGAACGCACCAUUGCUGUCACUCAUCCUGUGCUGUCAUGACUAUUGCUUGGCCUUCAGGUCCUCCUUUUGGUCUGCUUCACUUCUUCCCUCCUCCAUUUUGGUCCCAUUCUCAGCUUCUUUCAUGCAGCAAGGGGUAAUGGUUCGGGUAUUGACUUCUGUCGAUGAACAUUUAUCAUGAGCAUUUACUUUUGGAAAAACCAAAAAAAUUAAAUGAUAAAAUGACUCUCUUUAUUGCAUUGGUGUUA